CGUGUCGGCAGCCGCGGGGUCUAAAGGGGAGCGCUGUAACCCCGAGCCGGCUCCGCCGCGGGUGGAAGGGGCGGGCAAAGCUCGGCUCCAGCGGAGGGCAACGAGGAUGGUUGGGAGAGUGGAGCGUCCCUCGUAGGAGGGAGGGAUGGAGCAGCUGGGCCUGUUCAGCUUCGAGACGAGACGGCUAAGAGUAUUCAUUUAUAUAAGCGAAGAGUGCCAAGAGGAUGGACCAGGCUGUGCCCACUGAAAAAAGCCAGGAGGCUGAUGCAGAAGAAGCACCAACUGUUGAUGCUGUUGAGAUGUCCUGUAUUCCUUUGUUAAUGGAACCAGCAUGUUCCAGCUCUGAGGUUCAGGAAGCUGCAAAAAUGAGGAAUAAUGAUGCUGCCUCCAGACUUGUGGCUCCUCUUUCUGAUGAUAAUGAAAGCAAACAGUCAAAAUCUAUUCAAAGAAAGAGAGUGCUUCCAUCUUGGAUGCUGGAAAGAGAUCUCCUGGUGCAGAAGGUUUCCAAGCCUGUAAUGACAGGAGGUAGUAGAAAGAAAAAAGGCCAAGGAAGGGGAGAAGGUCAUGCAGAGUCAUUAAAAGCAGAAGUACACGUACAACAGAAAAAAAGAUUAGCUUCUGAAGAAACUAUUGAGGAUUUUGAAGGUGGAGAACAAGAUCAAGGGAAAAGGAGCUGCCUUUCCAUCCCUGUUCCUUCAUCUCAGAAUUCAUCUGGAUUUCCUCUUGAGACUACCAUGAGAGAUACGGAAGGAAGUGGCAAGACUGGAACAAAAAGCCCUGGAAGUUCUCUGGAAAAAAAUGAUAGGCAGCUGCAUAGCAAAUGGUCUAAAAGAGCAGGUCAGAUCUCCAGUAAAGACAAUAGAAUUGAGGAAACAGAAAACAAAGAGCAGAUUACUGGUUCUACAAGCCAACAAGCUCACUGGGGCAGGACUUCCCAAUACUUUGGUGCCCAGGAAGGGAUUCCUGAGCCUGAUGCAAAUCUGGACUACAAUACUGAGAUUUCUGAUUCAGACAGAAGUGCAGAUGCUUCAGAAAGCUCCAAACAGAUGCAGCGUAAGAGGACACCUUGCAUGUAUGGAAGUGGCUGUUACAGGAAGAAUCCCAUUCAUUUCCAGCAGUUCAGUCAUCCUAAUGAUGAUGACUAUCAUGACAUAGAGAUGGUGGCUCAGGAUGACAAUGACAACCGGCCUGAGUGUCCCUAUGGAACAGCUUGUUAUCGGAAGAACCCCCAGCACAAGCUGGAAUACAAGCACAGUGCACCUCCAGCUUCCUUUUCUUUAGUAACUGGAAGAGGAACACAGCGACGAUCUUCAAGGAAUGACAGAGAAGAGGAGAAGAUGAGAAUAUGUGAGGGAAACAACAUGGAAACACCAAGGCUGACCCUGUUUUACCCCUGGAAUGUUUACUCCCAGUCCUUAUCUCAACUCAUGAAGUCUUCAUUACAUUUUUCUCUUUCCUCUGCUUGGCUGAGGCAGGCGAGUGUGAGUGAGAGACUUUCAUGGGUGCCUGGCAUUUGCCAGCAUCAAACUAUGACAAAGAUUUACAUUCCUGUUUAUUUGUUUCAAUCAUUAAUAUGCUCACUGGUUGAAUGGAGAGGUUGUUUGGAGGCAGAAUGAUGCAAAAACAAUUGCAGUGUAAAGUACUUGUUUGGAGACUUUGAAAUCAUGAAGUUCUAAACCCAGCAUUUAGCCUGGGAAUGGACCUGAGGACUCUGGCCCUUCAUUUCAAAACACCAGACUCUCCAGCUACUGUCUAAUUUUUCCUAAUUGCUAAAUAAAUUGGACUCUGAGUGAAGUAAUUAAUCUCACUGAAGCUUUGCAUAAAGUAUAGCUGGAGUUUUCCAAAGGUUGCUAAUAUAAAUCAGGCAGUGAAGUGGGACGAAGCAUCAAACUUGUGAUUUUCUGGGAAAACAAGCAAACAGAUGGUGCAGGCACACAUGGAUUACAACAAUUUGUGUGUAUUCUUCCUCAGUAUUCCCACCAUUUGGCUCAGGGGCUUUACUCAGUCUGAGAGUCUGUAACUGAUGUUAAUGAACACUACAUUUGCCUGCAGAAAGUUAGGUAUGUAUUUUUUUAAUACAUGGAAAUGUGCCUUGUGGCACAAGAGGAAAGUGACUUUUUGAUAGAUUUUAGCAAAAAUAUUUGGCACACGGAAGGAAUCCCACCCUACUCAGCUGUUCCAAUGGUAACUUGGGAUGUGGAAAUGUUGUGGAAAGGAGUGAGUAGAGAAGAAUUUGACUUUAUUAUUGGAUUAUGCCACCAUGUUAGUUUCCUCUUUACCACCUUCUGCUUCCUUACUGAGUGUGCAUCACUUUGUGGCUUGGGAAAAGGCACAAAGCAUGUGAAGGAACCAUAGAGCAGCCUGUCAACAACCACAGUGACACUCUGACAAGAUGUUUGUCAGCACUGCUGGAACAGCAGAGUGUCACUUUCAUCCAAAAGGUCUUUUCCUUUCAGAGCAGCACAGGUUUCUGUGGACAAGGCCAUUCAGGUGGCUCUCACAGCUGAAUGACACAAGAUUUAGCUGAGCUGCUCAGAGCUCCCAUCAUAUACAAGGUGAUGCAGGGGCAACCAGCAGCUCUUUUCCAAGUAGAGAUUCCAAGAGGAAUCCAAAUUCCAUUGUUUUCACUUGUCUGGUUUUUUUUUUCCCCCUACUUUAUAAUUAUCUAAAUGUCUAUUUCCCACUUUUCUCAUAUUUGUUCAUCCUUCUGUGACUGUGUAGGAAAAUGGUGUUUAUUUAGCUCACUUCAGCUUAGCAUGGCAUUUUGUGAGAAGCACCCCCUGCCCUCAACCACAGUGUAUGAAAUAUGUAGAAAUAGCUCUAAGAAGCUGUUGUUCUGGCUAUCACUUGUCACCCUCACUAGAGAAGCAAAAAUAACAGUAUUUGGGGCAGGGUAGGAAACAAGGACCAGCCCAGGGACCAUGCAUGAGUCUUGGAUACCACAGUAUAUGACAUGAAUGACAACAAGAAAAAAACAUUUCAGCCUUUAAACAUUCAACUUUUUGUUCAAUUAUUAACUAUUCCUUUGGGUUUUCUGGAUGUAUUUUUCAGGCUUUAUGUGUUUGUUUGUUUGUUUUGUUUUAAAUCUGCCUGCCUUAGAGCAAAUGUCUCUUAGCACAAACCUUCUCUUGAGCAGAAGGCCUCUGCAAGGUAAAUAUUAAGAAAUCUCAGGA